AUGUGGAAGGAUGGAAUUAGUUGUGACAUCGUUUCGACUGUUUAUAACAUCAUUCAUGUUGUUGUUAGACUAGACUCUAGUAAGCCUGAAGCAUUGAUAUCUUUUAUGUAUGGUUUAACCUAUUCUGACCCAAAGAAAGAGCAAUGGAAUUUUAUGCGUGAUCUUAGUCAAGAUGUUUUUCAGCCUUGGUUAGUAAUAGAUGAUCUUAAUUUUCAUUUAGAUGGGAAUGAUAAUAGCACUAAUUCUUGGGUUCAUAAUAAAGUUAGGGAUUCAGGUAUUAUGGAUGUUGGUUUUGAAGGAAAAAACUAUACUUGGACUAAUAAUAGUUUUGGGACAGGAAGUAAGAGAGCCAGAAUUGAUUUGGCUCUAGGUAAUAAUGACUGGUUCAUAAAUUUUUCUCAAGCUAAGCUUUUACACUUGAAUUUUAUUGGGUCUGAUCAUUGUCCUAUUCCCUUGAUUACUGAUCCUAUUCCUAGAAAUCUUUGGAGACCUUUCAAGGUUUUUAGUACUUGGAUUAAUCAUGACUCUUUUAGAGCUACUAUGGAUUCUGCUUGGAACUUGAAUGUGCAUGGUAGCCCUGCAUUUCAACUUAAGCUUAAACAACAAAGUGCAAGGCUAACCUUAUCUCAAUGGAAUAAGAUGGAGUUUGGUGAUAUCCACCAGAACAUCAAAAGUAUUCAGAUUCAGCUAGAGAACACUCAAAGUGAUUCUAGUUCUAGUGAAAAAAUUAGUAGAGUGAAAGCUCUUACUAAUGACUUGAAAAAUUGGUACAGUAUCCAAACUGAAUUUUACAAAUUAAAAUCUAGGGAUAAGAAUAUUUCUGACUUGGAUAACAAUACUAGAUAUUUUCACUCUCUUGUGAAUAAAAGGCUGCAUGUCAAUAACAUUAAUAUUAUUUGUGAUUGUGCUGGUACUUGGUAUAGUGACAGGUCUGAUAUUAGUAAUAUUCUCACUGCACAUUUUAAAAAUGUUAGUACUACCUCUAAUCCAUGCUUACCUGAUGAUGCGUUUGAUAUUAUUCCUGCUAUUCUUACUUUGAAGAUAAUGAGUUUUUGA